GUCUACACAGCAUCCAGUUUGAGCUUAAAACUGAAAUACAGUCAUGUUUGCAAUUCUUCUGACUGUGACAUUGUUUAGCCAAGGUUUUUCAAUGGUGAGCUAUGGAAAAAGUUUCAUUACAGCAUUUCCAGAGAAUUUAGGUUACUUUUAUCCAAAGACUUCAAGUAGUCUGAGAGUCACCGCACUCCAUGACGGCACUUCUGUUGACAUCGUCUACAACGGCAGCAGCACACCAACACAGACGAUAACAAACAUACUGAAAUGCCAAACUUUAACUGUGGCGUUUCAAAAAUCUGCUGAAGUAUAUCAACUUGACUACUUCACACAGUCUAUCCGAAUCACCAGUAACAAAUACAUUGUAGUUCAUUCUAUCAGUAGUACAAAUUUUACUAAUAAUACAAUCUCUGCCCAGACCAAUGUUGUUCAACCCGAUGAAAAUCUCGGAAUGAAUUACCUGAUCCCUUCACUGAACUACACAAACUUUCUCACAACGUUUGGCAUAUCCCAGUCAACAAAAUACAACUCAUUCAGACUGAUCAUCAUCAAUGCUGAGGACGCAGAAAACAAUAUCACGAUAGUCAAGAACAUAUCAGACAAAAUUCAAUUAGUAAACUUCACAAUCCCAUCAUACCAACUCAUCCAGUUGCAGGCCGAUGAUUCAAUGAUGAUGCUUAACUCGAGUUGUAAAAUAGCUGUGCUGCUGACUCACCCGUGUCUAGAUAAAAAAAACUGUACAUGCAGCAUGAUAGUCAAUCAGAUUCUUCCUGUGAGAUUUCAGGGGCAGAACUUUGUUGUGCCCUUUGUUCGAGGUAUAACCCAGAGACAGUUAUUUAUGACAUCAAACGACAAGGCAGACUUACUAUCGCAAUUCAAAACUUUAUUAACUCCUAGUUCAUCAGGGUAUCUGUCUCUUCCGGAUCUGUACACCAGGUAUGUCACUGCUUCGAGUAACGUGUCUCUCAGACUGAUCAUUCCAGGACUUUUCAUUGAAUUGAUCCCAGAAAACCUGUUUGCUGCGUGCUACAUGCUGCCGUUCUAUUCAAACAACCAGUGGGCAGUUGUGAUAACUAAAACUGACAGCAAAAAUCAGGUACGCAUAGGAACAGGUCAGCUUAUAAACACUGACUGGCUUGAGCUUUCUAACACACAAUACUCUAAAACGGAAAUAUUAUUAUCAAGCCAAUUGACCGUUAUCUGGCAUCCAAGCUCAAAGAUUGCAGUUUAUAUAGUGGAAAUAAUUGGCAACACAGUUUUUGGAGGCCCAGCUAUACCAAUUAAUGAAAAUCCAGAUCCAAAUGGCUGUAUGCCUCCUGGAGAGUUUGUAGUUGGAGAAAAACCUCUUAAAUGGACUGAGUCCCUGGCUUACUGCACAACCAGUCAAAGUCAAUUUGCCUGUCCUACAAAUGAAGACCUCCAGAUAGAGUUCUCCAAUCAGGUUGCCACAACAAAUGUGGAGGGUUGGAUCGGUCUUCGUCGUAGUCUAAUGACUACAGCCUGGUACUGGCAGAAGAAUACAACAUCAGCAUCAUCAUCAUCUGUGAAUUACGUUUACUGGGCCGAUGGGCAACCACAGGACAACAAGAUCGAACUUUGUGCAUCACUGUCACUGAAUCAAACAGAUGAUUUUAAAUGGAAAAGUGCAUGCUGCUGUGAGAAAAAGCUUCCUGUCUGCUACAAACAGCCACAAAUCUUGCUUCCUUUAACUAUGACUUCUACAGUUUACAUUCCUUAGGAUCUUGUGUAUAUUUAUAAUAUAGUACCAGAAAUAUCUCAGUGUAUUUUUAAUAAGUUCCUGUUCUCCUAAUGGUAAAAAUCAUUGGUUCUGGUGAAAGAUACUAAAAAAUAUAUUUAGUUCAGUUAUUAUCCAUUAUUGUUAAAUUAUUCUUACUACAUUAAUCAGGCGAAAUAGAUUUGUAAUGCAUGUUCAAUGACAUUUCUAUUAGCCUUAAAAAUAUAUGUAAAAAAAUAAUGUAGUCACCAUAUUAAUACUAAAAGUAGUGUAGGUCUUACCUCACUAUUAUUAAAACAUUGCCUGUAGUGAUGUUGCCUCACUGGGGGCUUCGGUUAUUAAGGUGUGAUUCUGUA